GAAAUAAAAAUCCUGCUUGCUCCUGCAUGAAAAUUACAUGAGAUUUCAUGCGUUUCCAAUCUUUAUGAAAAAUCACUUUUUAAGGCAUCUACAUAUUCGCAUCAGUGAACAGGAUCAGUUAAUAAAUUGAAGAUUUGUAUUUACAUUGUGUAGAGAUUGCAAAGCUCGUGUGCGUUGCGUUGCAGAGCUUGUUGCGGAAUGAUGUAAAUGAUAAUUCUCCAAAAUGAGAUUUCUUUACGAACUCUCGUUAGUGACAAUAACUGUGAUUCUUUGUACCAUCGGAGAAGAAAUACAUCCAAUAGUUUUCGAUGGGAUACCAAUUCACACAUAUCAAACAUUUAUUAACAGACCACCGGAAAAUGAAGAUGUUAAUAACGACAAGUUUGUCCCUCCAAAUAAAUUAUACCCUGUUUACCUGAAAUUAGUGAGAAAUGUGACAAUUGAUGGGAAGAAAAUCAGAAAUCGUGACGAUUUUACGCUCAGCAUUGGAAUUUCAAAACGCCAAAGUAGGGCCCGCAAAAUCAAGGACCAAGAUGUCCGAAGAAGAAAUUCUACCAAGCCCUCGAAACCUGAACAGCAUAAAUCAGUGACAUCAGUCUCGCCACAAAUGAAAAAUUCUUCCAAGAAAUUUAUAAAAUCUGAACAAAAACCAUCUAAUAAAAAUGCUACACAAAAACAGACGUCUACACGUCCGACAAAAUUACCACGACGCUCUUCACUCAACAAACUGACGACAAGAACAACGACAACGAGAGCGACGAGAACCACCACGUCAAGACCUUACAAAUUCAGAAGUUCAUUCUUAAAUUCCACCCAACUCCUCCACUUACCCUUACCAUUACCUUCGCGAAAUUUUUCUCAGCCUCACGUGUACAGUGUGACCGUAAUCAGAAGAAAGAGUAUCACGACUCCAGCGCCUGAAUCCUUGAUUAUGGUGCGAGACACAGCACAACAAUCAAACAAGACGAAGGAUGAAAAGCCACCUAACAUCGUUUACCCCCCAACUGGGGACACUUCAGAGUUGGAGGACUAUGACGAUGACGAGGAGGAAGAUGAGGAUGAUGUUAAUACGGAGGAUGACAAAACUAAAGACUCCUCUGAAGAAGCUGCUGAUGAAGACCAAGAAGUAAUCAACGCCUCUAAAUCCAAAGAAAAUGCAAGCUCUGAUGUCAGCAGCAAGGUUUCACAAGAAGUCAAAGUAAUUCCUACCCCCACAACCCCAGCAGGAGACAAAGGAGAUAAGGCGACCAUUGCUGUCCAGGCUGACGCUUCGAAAAAGAAACGAAAAAAGAAAAAGAAGAAAAAACGAAGGAAAAAGCCAGAAUUCCACUUUGUCCCUGCUCCGCUUGGUCCCAAAGCAGAUUUGAUGAUUCGUCUGGAUAAAGUUCAUCAUAAUGUGAAAAACAUUGUUUCCGUUGUUAAAGGAGUAUUCACGGAUUACGUCGUAAAUCGUCCCUACGUCAAUGUCGAGCUUUACAAAGGAAUUCAUGCUUACACCUACAAAAUGGGAUUAACUCCUCCCGUGAACAUUAAAUAUGAGCGUUCUAAUAUCCAACCACUAUCUCAAACGCAUACCGUUCCCUACUUAAAUCCGUUCAGGAAUAAUAAUGCUGAACUAUUUUCAUGGCCAAGCAAAUAUCCCGGAGCGGAUUUGAGAACAAAAAGUCAUCAGCAACCGUUGGAAGGGAGCUCGGUCGAAAAUAGUUAUCAAAUAAGCAAACGAAUCUUGGAAGAAGAUUGUGCAGAUGACAUAACCUGCGAGGGAGAAGUUCGUCGCGUAGUGCCAAAAAAAUUAAAGCGGCCAAAAUCAAAACCGAGGCCGACUGGUCGACAUGGUCAUAAUCAGGUCAAGAAGAAUAGUCCGUUGACAUUACCGUACCCAAUUUACAUUGAGUCCAUGUAUGAUGACUCGAAUGAAAAUGAUCCAUUUAAACACUUGCCUCCAAUGCGACCCAACCAAUUUAUGAAAGCUGAAAAAAAUUGGGUGAAAACUUGGGACAAGAAAACAGGACUGCCCCCAAUUGCGGGGGCCAAUGAAGCGUCAAUGCAUUCGAAAAGAAGAAAGGGUAGCAAAAAAAGUCGAAGGAAGAAGAAGAAGAGGGGUAAAGAACAAUAGAAUAUUAAGAAGACUACAAAUGUGUGGAAGAUAAUGGGAAAUAAUCUUUUGAAAUUAUUGAUUUUCCAAUGCAUGUAAAAAAUAUUUAUGCUCCAUGUGAGUGAUUAAGUGAGUAUUUAAUGUUAAACUGUGGUAUUGAUGUGAGACAAUUAUUGAAACUAUUAACAAAUAAAUACUUUACAUCUAAACAUGUACAUA